GGGGAAGAGUCAGAGCUUUCCUCCCACUUAAACAAUAAUAAAAAAAAAAAAAAUCAAAGCUCAUUACAUGCUUCUCUGAAAUCUGCUAGAAACAUAUUUUAUUGGAGCUUCUGUAUUAAAUUUCUCAUAUUACUAUUUAUAUUCAACUUUGUGUUCUUCGCAUCUGAAGAAGCAUACCUUUUAACCACCCUAUCAAUGUAUGGGAUGGUUCAAGAGGUAGAACAGAGGUUCUAUGUUAGCUUGUUUUCACGAUACUGAAAAUUUAAGAGGGGUGGCUAGUUCCAUUGUACCCAGAUUCCACAGAGAGGAACACCCAAGCUCUCCUACUUUGGCUCUAUUAUUUGCAUUGAAGAAGGAUUUGCAGGCAAACGUUUUCACUCCAUUGGCUUCUCUGCCAUUAUAUAACUUGCCUGGCAGCUUCUGGAUCUGGAAUCAUUAACUUGGUAUGUGUUUGUACACGCCUUGAGCCAUUUUCUCUCAUUUGUUUUGAGCAUUUCUUGAGGUUUGACAUUCAUAAUCUUUGAUUUAACUAGGCUUAAGGAUCAAUGGAUGGUUUGGGGUGGGAUGACUCACAAGUCCUUGCAGAUACUGAACCCUUGUGGAGUAAUCCUCAACAUGCAUCACCUUGGUGGAAUAAUCAAGAAAAUGAAGAAAGCUUCAACAUUCUCUCCAAGAUGGAUCUCACAGAAGACAUCUUCAAUCAAUUUCAAGACCUCCAAAAGCGCCAAGUGACUACAAAGAUGGCUGAAAAUACAGUUGCUGCAAGGUCAGGAGCUGAGAUGAGUUGGGGAGAUGCUUCAACUCAAGAAUUAUACUCUUCUCCUUCCAUCACUGGCUUUGGCAUGAAUAUUAAUCAAUCAAGGAUCAUCAAUGGCCUACCAAAUGGAAAGGCUGGAGUUUCAACAGCUGGUUCUCUCGAGUCUCUCGAUUGUUUGCUCUCAGCAACUAAUAGCAACACCGACACAUCAGUAGAAGACGAUGGGAUUUCCAUGAUUUUCUCUGCUUGCAGAAACUUGUGGAAUUUCGCUGCUAACAGUGCAGUUUCAUCUGGAGAGUCUGAGAACAAUACUUCCAGUGCAAGAAACAAAGAAAUGCAUUGCCGGGUAAGCGAGCUUGAUGAAUCUAUCUCCCAGAGUUCUUCAGAUAAGAAAAGUUCACCGACUAAGCCCGUUCCUAUAAAGAGAACUGACGAUCAAAAUGAGCUCAAAGUGGGUGCCAAUAACAAGCAUCCUUGUUUUGAUCUUCUCCAAACUGAUUCUCCUACUUCAGACGGUGGUUUCCAGCUGAUUUCAGAGAACCCACCAAAGCCAAAGAGAUUUAGAUCGGAUAAACGUCCAAGGUCAUCAAACAUCAACUUUCAGCAGCCUAGUUCAUCGGUUUCUUCUUCUAUUGAUGAGGUUGAUCCAGAAGCCAUUGCACAAAUGAAGGAGAUGAUUUAUAGAGCUGCAGCUUUUAGGCCAGUGAAUUUAGGCUUGGAAGUGGUGGAGAAGCCUAAGAGGAAGAACGUUAGAAUAUCAACUGAUCCACAAACAGUGGCUGCCAGACAGAGGAGAGAGAGGAUAAGCGAGAGAAUUAGGGUUUUGCAGAGGCUGGUCCCAGGAGGAAGCAAGAUGGACACUGCAUCAAUGCUUGAUGAGGCUGCAAACUAUCUCAAAUUCUUAAGGUCACAAGUUAAGGCACUAGAAAAUCUUGGCCACACACUUGACUCCGUUAAUUUUCCACCAACACCAUUCAAUAGCCAAUCUUUUCCCCAUGCAAACUCAUCAUUUUCACUCCAAAACCCUAAUCAUAUUCACCAUCCUCAGAAUUGAAAAGCUUUUCUUUUUCCCCACAAAAAAAAACCCCAAAUAGGAAACCUUCAUAUUGGAUCCCUAAUCAUGAUACUCAUCAUGACUCCAAUGUCCAAUGAUAUGAUUAAGGAUCCAAAGCCCAUUUUCUAGCCUGAAAACAAGUACAAAAGCUAAUCCAAGAUCCUUACCAUAAUCUUCAUCAUCAUUACAUUCCUUUGAGCCAGAGUUAAAAGCUUAAUUUCACUAAUGAUAGUUUUCCUAAUUAAUACCACCAUUAUUGCAUCACCUUUUUUUUUU